UUUAAGCAUCCAAAGCCAACCAUUGGCCAUAGGCAAGAGAACAUGAAUUUAAUUACUUUGCCUUUUCAAACAUGGAAGAGUGAUGGAGUGGGAGAAGGAUUUGGUGCUUGGGAAUAAGCAUUUCUUCCUCUCUUCUCCCCUUGAUUUCCAUAAAGAACACACUGGUAAUUGUGAUUAGUUGGGAUCAGGUUCCCAAAAUCAAAAUUCCCAUUACCCUUUAUCUAUCAACUUAUUGAUUCCCAAGUUCUCAAUCCUUAUUUUCGCCAUCUCCUCCGAUAAUCUUCGAGAAUAUCUGAAGGUACACACGAUGUAGUGGAUAUAACCAUUUACAUUUCAGAAUUCAUGUUUCCCUCUUCAGUGAUCUCCCAACCUUUCUUUGAUCUUGUGGAAGACGCAGCAGAGCUUCAAGAAAUUCUCAUGGCGUCCAUGGCAGAGCUGUAAGUACCUCCAAGUCCAAGCAGAAGGCACUGCAAGCUGCAGACUCCACCUGUCACAAUAGCUCAUCAAGAACAACUGAAACUGAAGAGCGUACCAGGGUCUGAGUUUGAUCAUUUCUCGACAGACAUGAAUUUCCUCCUCUCCAUCUCCUUCGUGGUCCGAUUCUGCACCGACGAGCAUGAGCCGUCCUGCACCGGGGAAUUGACCGGGCGGUUCUUGCAUUGAUUAGCUCCCGGUACGAAUCAUUCAUCAGGUUUGUCCUGUACAUAUUGGGUUGUUAUUCUUUCUCCUGCGGAUUUAAAUGGCGACGUUACCUUUUGCUCACCGUCCGCAUCGGCUACUGCUCGAUACUGGAUCGAACCCACCACCGGAGGUUCACGGCGACAGGCCACGCGGCCAUUAUGGCAACGAGGCCAGCUUCGACUCGAAUAUGGUGAUCAUCCUCGCAGCACUUCUCUGCGCCUUGAUCUGCGCCCUGGGGUUGAACUCGAUCGUCCGUUGCGCCCUCAGGUGCAGCCGCAGGUUCAGUCUUGAAACCAGUGAUCGAGCCACUGCCCGAAUGACAGCUACGGGGCUGAAGAAGAGUGCCCUCCGCCGCAUCCCCGUGUCAGUGCACCGAACCGGCCUAGGCAUCCCUGCAGCAGCAACCGCGACGGACUGCCCAAUCUGCCUUGGGGAGUUUGAGGAUGGAGAGAAGGUCCGGGUCCUGCCCAGGUGCCACCACAGGUUCCACAUCGGGUGCAUCGACACUUGGCUAGUCUCGCACUCCUCCUGCCCUACCUGCCGCCAAUCCGUCCUCGAGCAUGCCCCGCCACCAAUCGUUUCUGAUGCCACGGUAAACCCGUUAACAGAAAUUCCAGUAACUGCAGAAUCCGAGUUGGGCUGAUGAUCAAGCGUGACAGGUGAUUGAUUGAUCAGUUUUUAUUUGAGAAUCCGAAGGAAUUUUUCACAUAUCUUUCCGGACAAGAUCGUGUAUUAAAACCUUACUGGAACAGUACCAGCAGAGCAAUGUAUAAAUUACGUUUUCAGCUUUCACCUGCAAUGCUGUUGAUGGCAAUGUUGAAUGUCUAUGAGGAUAUCUAUUUCUUCUGGGGAAAAUGUUGAUUGCUUUAUGUCUUCAA